AUGGCUGACGUUGAGAUGGCAGACGAGUCCAUCGUUGAGCUGCACCCCUCCUGGGAUGUUGCUCUCGUUGUUGCUCACGACAACACACAGAAGAAAUUCCUUGUCUCCUCCCAUAUUCUGAAAGUCGCAUCCAAAUCCUUCAACUCUCUUCUUGCUUCCAAGUUUGAGGAAGGCGCCAAGACCCAACCCGAUUCGAAGCCCGAUAUUCUCUUGCACCAUGACAACCCCGACGCCAUGGAGAUCAUCCUUUCCAUUCUACACUACAAGCACCGAGACGAGUGGUACAGCCUCAGUGCCAAGAUGAUUGCAGUCUUGGCCGUGCACCUGGACAAAUACGACUGCUCUGCGUCUCUCAGACUGUGGGUGAAUCACUGGCUCAUCAACUUUGGGCAGGUGGAGCAUGGGGACGUUGGCUACCUCUUGGCAGCGACCGCCUACCUUGGUGAGUCGGCAAAGUUCCAGAAGAUGACAAGAUCUGCUAUCCUGUAUCUUCCAAUGAAUUUUGACUUCAAUGCUUGGUCUGAAGACGAAGUUGUGUCUGCCUUGCCGGACAAUGUCAUUCGCAACAUUGCUCGCAAGAUGAAAUCGGUCAAGCGACGUCUGUACGCUCUCUUGCAGGAAACUAUCAUCGACCUUGGACGGAACGAAUCCGAGAUUGGCCUGAUGGACACUUCCCGCUGCAGCAAGUGUCUCCGCAUCUACAAGAGAAACCACAACAUGCGUUGCCCCAACUGCCCGCCUACCAGUGGCCAGCAGUCCGAAGUGGGUGACUUUCCGGUCGUCUGUUCUCCCGAGACUCGAGUAGCUGAGUGCACACGCUUCUUCACAAAGUACCAGCUGUACCCGAACGAAAAGGCAUGGCGCGAGGGUACCAUUGCCGACAUCGCCCGCCGUUUCAACAAGAUCAGGGAAACGAGCACCCACCGGUGCGACUUUGACCAGAGGUGCCCUUUGAAGAAGCGGUUGGGCGAGCUGAACGACGCCGCGGUCGAGGUGGUUGACGGCAUCCGGGGCUGGAAGCUGAAGCUUUCUACCAUGGAUGAUGAUGUUGUCAAGGCUGACGGCGUGGACGAGCCCAGUAAGGAUUUGAAGUGCGAAGGCAAGUAA